UGGGGUACAGGCGUCACUCCCUGGAACCAGGCGACUUCCUUUCUCUGCUUGUCUGGGUCAUCUUGUCUGCCCGUCGCUGGCCCAUCUCUCUCUGGCCCCAUCUCUCUCACACUCUCAGCAGCUGUCUCGCGCGCCCGCUGGCCUGACCCGUCUCUUCUUCCCUGCAGUCGCCUCCGUCUCCGCCUGCCUGGGUGGCCGCCAUGGGCCGGAAGCGGCUCAUCACUGACUCCUACCCUGUUGUGAAGAGGAAGGAGGGGCCCGCUGGGCACAGCAAGGGGGAGUUGGCACCAGAAUUAGGGGAGGAACCCCAGUCCUCCAAAGAGGAGGCAGCGGAGCUGGAGCUGCUGAGGCAGUUUGACUUGGCCUGGCAGUAUGGGCCCUGCACAGGGAUCACACGGCUGCAGCGCUGGCUUCGGGCAGAGCAGAUGGGCUUGGAGCCUCCCCCAGCAGUUCGUCAGGUGCUGAAGACCCACCCAGGAGACCCACGUUUCCAGUGCAGUCUCUGGCAUCUCUAUCCCCUUUGAGGCACUACCUAGGUCUUCCUGUCCUUGGCACUCUGGCUAGCCACCGAGAACUUCAGGACAGAAGUGACAAUCAGUUGCUGCUGCUCAGUCCAGCCCUACUA